ACUGUCAUUCUCUCUCUGUGCAGUGAAAUCAAAAGUCUUUAUCAUAGUAAGUUACUGUUUUAGUCUUUCAGCCCUUCAUCAAACUGUCUUCACAUGAUAAGAGCCUCUGUCCUGUAGAUGACUGAAGAUAUGGUGGCUUACGAUGAAGUGGGUAGCUUGGUGCCUAUCAAACGGACUCUGCAAGUGACAGACUGCCAGAACCAGGCCAACAAGGACUUAGAGGAACCCAGCAACAAGCGCGUCCGUUCUCUCGGCAGGGUGACGUCGCUAGCCAACCUCAUUUCUCCGGUAAAGAAUGGGGCCGUCCGGCGCUUCGGCCAAACCAUCCAGGCCUCUUUCCGGGGCGAUGGCAAGUUGCCGGGCGUGCCUCAGAAGCCUUGCAGCAAGGCAGCGGCCCCCACACCACCUAAAAGGAGGAACAGCACCUUAUGGUCCGAGACAUUAGACAUCCACCAGAAAGGAACUUUCUCCACCAAAGAGAUCAAACGGCAAGAGCUCCUUGCUGCGGAAGGAAAUAACAACAAACAUCCAGAUACACUCUGGGAUGAGCUAAAAGAGGCUGUGGUCGGUGCAGCAGAAUCGAAGAUUGGUCGCCGACGGGGCGGCUUUAAGGAGCGCUGGAUCUCCGACCGUUCAUGGGAACUUAUAGAUCAACGUCGCUUGGCAAAGUCAGUUCGGGACCAGGUGGCCUUUGACCCACAUGCUUCUGCAGACCAGCGUGAGAGGGCCAUGGCCACCUACCAAGACCUUGCCCGACAGGUCAAACGCAGCUGCCGGCGUGACAAGCGUGAAUGGAUCGAAGCUAAAGGCAUCGAAGCCCAAGAAGCAGCCGAUCGGAACGAUACCCGAACCUUAUAUUUGACUUCAUCAUGCGACGAUCAGUUGACCAAGCUGGCAUCGGUGUGCCCUGGCACGAAGCGCAUAAUCUCACUGACUUGGACUUCGCAGAUGACGUCGCCCUGCUGGGCUCGACUCAGGAAGACCUCCAAAAGUUGA